CUGGCUUUAUAUUCCACAGCUUUGAUGUGCUUAGUGGUUCCUGGAAGGAUCUGCCUCUCUUCUGCUUUGAUUGACAAGCCCUUUCCUCUAUAUUUGGGCAAGUGAUGAGCCCCAUAACAGAAGGUAGAGACGUUUCUAUAGAGUGGACUUCUGCCACCCCUUGUGACUUUCUUAGACCUUGGGUGUAAGUGUCAGCUCCAGAAGAAGAGUUGGAACAUCAUGAAGCUGGUGUACCUCUUCUUGGGUGCCAUGGCCCUGCUCUUUCCGUGUGGCUGUGGACCUGUCCUCGGUGCCUCCAGUGGUGACCUUCGGACCUUUGUGGGCUGUGCUGUGAGGGAGUUUACCUUCCGGGCCAAGAAGCCGGGCUGCAGGGGCCUUCGUAUCACCACGGAUGCCUGCUGGGGCCGCUGUGAGACCUGGGAGAGACCCAUCCUGGAACCCCCCUACAUUGAAGCGCAUCAUCGAGUCUGCACCUACAACGAGACCAGACGGGUGACUGUCAAGCUGCCUCAAUGUGCCCCUGGGGUCGACCCCUUCUAUACCUACCCUGUGGCUGUCCGCUGUGACUGUGGGGCCUGCUCCACGGCCACCACGGAGUGUGAGACCCUCUGAAGCGACUGCGGCCCACCCCAUGCAGCUAGCGGUCAGGAGCGUCACGGACCCAGCUACCAUGCAGCUUAAGCUGCGACACCCCUGGCCUGAAGGGUGCUUAUAUCCGCCGGGCCUGUGGAGGACGUGGCCUGUCUCCCUGCUGUCCAGUUUAGGUACGGGGCCCAGGGGCAGCACACCUAUGCUAAAAAUACAAAACAACAUCUGAGCUUUCACCAAGAUAAUUUCUCUUGCUCACACAUUACAAGUUAGUUUUCCUUUGCCUUGCUUGAGUCCUGGGCCACAAUUUGUAUAUUAUGUCCUCUUGCACCCCUUGAUACAGACUGUUGAUAUACCGAAGCUCAAACGCUUUGGGUCUGUGUAGGAAGCGGGGCUAAAAAGUCUAAAAAAUUCCACAUUCUAGUUAGCCACUGAUCUCCAGCUAGAUUUACGGUGGGAAGGCUCCAAAGGUUCAAAGCCAACACACAUGUGUUCCCCACUUGAAAGGAAAUCCAACUGCAUGCUUCCUUCAAGAAAAUUCUCCAUUUCCCUUAUCGUUGGGUAAUUAUCCUCACAAGAACCAGAGACUGAUAGAGAAGGGAGCUGACGAAGAGACUGUCUCAAAGCAAAAUGUGCUUGGAUUUGCCUAGUUCAUUCCCAAGAGGGGAAAAAUCCUGAAAUUCCCUUGAGAUCUGUAAUACAGAAACUACUUUGUCAUAAAACAAAUGAACAAGUGCAGAAGAUAUAUGAAACCAGGAGGUAUCAUCUUGGCUUAAAAACGUCUGAAACAAAACUCAUGUUUUUAGAGUGGUAUUCUCACAAAGAUACUGUAAAACGGUCCAUUUAAAACACUGUUCUCUAUUUAGCACCUUUUAAAUUUAAAUCAUAAUCUCAGAAAGUUAACGUAUCUGUAAGGGUGAAGCUGAGCUGCCAGCUCAGAGGGGAAAAGCCUGUGUUGUCUACAGCUCCUGGCCCCUACCUCUCCCUGUAUCUUGCAGCUGCUGAUUCCAUGGCUUAGAAACAGAACAAAACAAAACUCUAGUUUUAUGCAAAUGUCUUUGAUU